GGCGGCGGGCCUGGGAUGCCCGGCGGUGGGAACAGGCAGAGCAGCAGGAGGAGGCGGCAGCUGCGGUGUGGUCCGUCCAUGGCGAGCAGCACUUGUGGCAGGCUGUGCCUGGCUGCAGGCUCGCACUGUGCCGCAUCCCCUGGGUUAUCACCGCGUCCCGAGGCAUGGCCUUCCCCUUUUCCCUGGUUACAGCGGCUGAUAGGGAGCUGGCGGGGACACCUCGCUCCUUCCCACCAGAGGGGCAGGUGGGGGGAGAAGCCGCGUGGUCCCUCCCGCCACUGAGCCAAUGGGGAUAAUUUGGGGCUGCUGUGGAGGAGAAGGGGCCAGCGUCUCCUCCACAUCCUGCUCCGUCACUGGAAGAGGUGCACGCAACCCUCCCAGUGAAGGGAAGGUGGUGGCCUUUGAGUCUUGCUGAGAAAGGAUCACCAAGCUCCACUCAGCGCACCUGGAAGUCUUCAAGGCACAGGUGCUGUCACCAGGAUGGACAUGGCAGCAGAGUGGCAGGGCAGGAGGGCUGUGUGGGUCACAUCAGCCAGCCCCCGUGUGUCCCAGGCAGCUGUGAUAGAGCUGGACCUCUGGAGGUGGCCAUGCUGGAGGUCUUGUCCUCCCUCCCACACUGCAGUACUGGUGGGGUGGAGACCUGGACUGGAUGGAAUCCAAAACCUGCCUUCUUCUCCUUCCCUAAGUCAAACAUUGUGGGAGAGGCUCAAUCUGCUCAGUUCUACUAACAAUUAAUUACAACUAUUGACAGCAAUUAAUUGCUCAUCCUCCAGAGGGUUUAGUAUUUGAGGGGUAGGGCAGGGACCAGGUUCACAGUGGUGGGAUAUUUACAUUCCCCGAAGGUGUUGGACAGCGCGUCCUGAACGCACAGCCUUGAGAGGUGGCCACUGAUAUCCAAGGGACCCUUUCCCCUUCCAUCCUCCCUUUGCUACCAGAGAGUAGUGAUCUUUUUCUCUGCCACCCCCUUCUCAGCAGGAGGAGCAGGAAGCAGCAGAGCCUGCAGGAAAACUGGGCAGAGAGGGGUUAACUUCAAACCCAACCUCAGGGAGAGGGGAAAAAAAAACCAACAGAGAACUAUGGAUCAGCAGCAAGAGCAGAGGGAGGGAAAAGGGGGAGUCGGAGAGAGAGGAGAGGAGCUCCGGGAGGAGACAGAGCAGAGCUGGUGGCAGGCAGGGGUAGGCAGCAGAGCACCAGGCAGGAGUGACUGGGAUGACCGAGCUGCCCAGAUAAACUCUUCUGUGGUCUGCAUCCUCCCGCCACCACCGCGUGGGCUGGACUGGAGGUCUCCUGAGCGAGUGGCAAAGCCGCAGGCCCUUCCUCAAAAAGGUGGUUCCAGGGUCUCUUCCUCAUCAUCAACUACCUACCACCAUCUAGCCCUUGACCACCUCUCAGCAUCAGGAAAAGGUCCCUGCAGUCUGACAGGAAGAUGCCAGGAGGGUUGAACAUCUCUUCUGACAGCCCAGAGCUACGAGCAGCAGGGAUUAUUGUGCCCAUCAUCUUCUCCCUCAUCUUCCUUGUGGGUACUGUGGGAAAUGGGCUGGUGCUGGCUGUGCUGCUGUGGAAUGGCCAAGUCAAGUACUCCACCACCAACCUCUUCAUCCUCAACCUGGCUGUGGCUGACCUGUGCUUCAUCAUCUGCUGUGUCCCUUUCCAGGCCACCAUUUACACCCUGGAUGGGUGGCUCUUUGGGGCCUUUGCCUGCAAGGCUGUGCAUUUCCUGAUCUACCUCACCAUGUAUGCUAGCAGCUUUACCCUGGCUGCCGUCUCUGUUGACAGGUACUUAGCCAUUCGCUAUCCACUGAAGUCCCGGGAUCUCCGCACGUCCCGAAAUGCAGGAGUGGCCAUUGUGGUGAUCUGGUCAUUGUCACUGCUCUUUGCAGGGCCUUACCUCAGUUACUACCAGAUAAUCCAUUACCAUGGUGUGCCCAUCUGUGUCCCCAUCUGGGAGGACCAGCGCAGAAAGGUUCUGGACAUCAUCACGUUUGUAUUCGGAUACCUGCUACCUGUGACCGUGGUGAGCCUGGCAUACACAAGGACCAUCAAGUUCUUGUGGACUUCCGUAGACCCCAUAGAAAGAAUCUCAGAGUCUCGGAAAGCCAAGAGUAAGGUCACCAAGAUGAUUGUCACAGUGGCCAUCCUGUUCUGCCUCUGCUGGCUGCCCCAUCACCUUGUCAUCCUCUGCUUCUGGUUUGGCCACUUUCCCUUCAACCGGGCUACUUAUGCUUUCCGCCUGGCUUCCCACUGCCUCUCCUACACCAACUCCUGCCUCAACCCCAUUGUCUACGCCCUCAUCUCCAAGCAUUUCCGCAAGCAUUUCAAGCAGGCCUUCACCUGCCUCUUCUUCCAGAACAAGGUCAAGAAAAAGAAGAAGAGGAGAGGUGGAAGGAAAGUCCAUAUGGUCAAUGUGGAAAGAGGUUUUGCCAACAGGAGAGAUUUCUAUGGAGGCAACACUGAGGUGACCCAAGUCCCAGAGGAGAACACAAGGAAAAGGGACCAUGAAGAUGCCAGUCGAGCCAGAGCAUGGACUCGGCAGGUACAAGAUGCCAUGGUCUAUGUUGAGAAGGAGCUGCUGGAGGAGGAAGUUUUGGCAACAGCUGGCCGUUCCCUAGAUGUGACCCCUCUAAGAGGAGCUGUUGGACAAGACCAAGAAGGAGCCCUAGAAAAGGGCUAGAGAGGCAAAAAAGCAGUAUCCAUUUGUAUCACAUUUUCUGACCACGUCACAGGGGUUUUGCUUUCCUCCAGGAUCAUCUUGCCCACACCUUAUCGCCACUGAGAUGGUUUUGUUGGCAGUGAGAGAUGAGCUUGCUCAUUGAGACCCAAUAAACGGAGUUCAAGUCCCCCAGAACUCCUCAAACACCUCCUCCAUAAUCCUGUAGCCAUGUCUGAGACCUGCCAUCAUGCCAGCUCAAUAUUCACAGUAAACUUUAGGUGACUGCAACAGCC